AUGGCGACCGGACUGCGCGCGUGUGGCCUCAUCAGAAGGAUCACAGGGGGACAUUUGAACAGGACUACAGAGACAGGGGGGCAUUUGAACAGGACCACAGAGACAGGGGGACAUUUGAACAGGACUACAGAGACAGGGAGACAUUUGAACAGGACUACAGAGACAGGGAGACAUUUGGACAGGACUGCAGAGACAGGGGGACAUUUGAACAGGACCACAGAGACAGGGGGACAUUUGAACAGGACUACAGAGACAGGGGGGCAUUUGAACAGGACUACAGAGACAGGGAGACAUUUGAACAGCACUAUAGAGACAGUGGGACAUUUGAACAGGACUACAGAGACAGUUGGACAUUUGAACAUGACUACAGAGACAGGUGGACAUUUGAACAGGACUACAGAGACAGGUGGACAUUUGAACAGGACUACAGAGACAGGUGGACAUUUGAACAGGAUUACAGAGGCAGGUGGACAUUUGAACAGGACUACAGAGACAGGUGGACAUUUGGACAGGACUACAGAGACAGGGGGCCAUUUGAACAGAUCUUCAGAGACAGGUGGACAUUUGGACAGGACUACAGAGACAGGUGGACAUUUGGACAAGACUACAGAGACAGGGAGACCUUUGAACAGGAUUACAAAGAAAGGUGUACAUUUGAACAGGACUGCGGAGACAGGUGUACAUUUGAACAGGACUACAGAGACAGGUGGACAUUUAAACAGGACUACAGAGACAGGGGGACAUUUGAACAGCACUACAGAGACAGGGGGACAUUUGAACAGGACUAUAGAGACAGGGGGACAUUUGAACAGGACUACAGAGACAGGAGGACAUUUGAACAGGACUACAGAGACAGGGGGACAUUUUAACAGGAUUAUAGAGACGAGUGGACAUUUAAACAGGAAUACAGAAACAGGGGGACAUUUGAACAGGACUACAAAGACAGGGGACAUUUGA